AUGACAUUUUUUGGUGAUUUUGACAGAUUAUAUUUGCCUAUGUGUCAGGUCAGAUCUGGGUAUACUAGUUGUAGCAUUAUACAUCAAGAAUUUAGGAUAUGUAAGAAAGUUGUUUGGAUUUUUACCUGUGCAAAAUAUUAUUUUUGAUUUGUUACUUUUUGUUGAAUUGUUACGAUUAUAAACAAGUGUGAGAUUUUCCCAGGAUAUUUUUCCUUUACCUGAGGGUUUUAAAGACUGUAAAAUAUAGUGAUUGGAUAAGGAGUAUCACUUCUAAAGAUGAUGGUCGACGUGUUACCAACAGAGGUUGAGGAUUUUCACCUCUCCUCUCCGUUCUUGUCAUCGGACUCUGAGACAGAAGACGAUUCCAAUGGUUCCUACAGAUACAACUUAGACAGCGACACAGAUAUGACUCCUGAAUGUCUGACUGGUCCCUCUGUCAUUGUGGUGCCAGAACCAGAAAUACUAUCAGAUCUCAAUAUCAAUAAGCUUCAUGCUUUCACGGAUGAUGACGAGUGUAACCUUGACCUCGAUGAAGAGAACAGUAAAUGUGCAAAGUUUUACGAAGAAUGGCGAGUAGACUCUCAGGUCAAUGAAAGAGUGUUCACAGAUACUGAUUCAUCAGACAGCCAGGAUGAAGCAAUCUAUGUCCGACCCAAGAAACCUAGGAAGCGAGUUAGAUGGAGAAAAAACGUUUUUUUGGAUGCUUGUGAACAACAAACAAAGAUCAAGGAAGAACCAAGAGAGAGACUUUAUUAUCACAAUGGACACCAUGUGGCUGCCGAAGCCUUACUGUGUAUGGACUCGCCUCACGAGGAUAACAAAACCUUUCUUCAAGAUAUUCUCAGACAGAAUCAAAAAUCAACUUCCCUACCUCCUAGCCCGUCAGACAGUGGAGUCUCUUCAGACAUUGACAGUAACUGUGACGAUAAAUCACGGAUCCCCCCAGUUUAUUUACAGAGACAAACAUCAUCACCGGGUCCAUACAUUCCCCCUUUUUGUCAGAUGCCAGCUGGACAACUUCGACCUCCUCCUGCUCACCAACCAUUACCUGCACAUUUUAAUACUGCCACACACAUAGCAAUGAGACCAGAAGAAUCAAGAUACACAAACAGUCUGUUACCCUCCCCAUUACCACACAUGGGUAUGGAGAGUUGGGAAACCAGUUAUCACUCAUCCUGUCACUCACCAUCAACCAACACGCCUCCAAUGUCACCCAUUAGAAGUAAGGAUAAAAAAGGAAGAAAACCAAAGAAUUUAAUCGACUGUCCUAUUAAUCAACCAAAAAGGAAGAGAGAAAGUAGUACAACAUAUCUGUGGGAGUUUUUACUGCAGUUAUUACAGAAUCACGAAACAUGUCCAAGAUACAUCAAAUGGACCAAUCGGGAGAAGGGAAUAUUUAAAUUAGUUGACUCAAAGGCAGUAUCCAAGCUGUGGGGCCUACACAAAAACAAACCCGACAUGAACUACGAAACUAUGGGACGAGCUUUAAGGUAUUACUAUGCCAGAGGUAUUUUAAACAAAGUUGAUGGACAAAGACUAGUAUACCAGUUUGCUGAGGUUCCAAAACAAAUCAUUGAAAUUGACUGUAGUAACGUUUGAAAGGAUUGUUAAUGUUGAAAUAGUUAUGAAGUGCCAUAAACAAAGUGUCCCGAUCACUAAAGAGAACUUCAUAGACCUGUGUCUUGUCAUCAGUGUGAUAAUCUCAAGAAUUGUGAUAUCGGCAUUACACGGACAGGUGCUUUCCCCUGUCAACAACCAACUUUCUAAGGAGUGAAGAAAUCGGUUAUUUUGACCCUCAAACUGUGGCAGUGUCAUGAUAGAAUCUUAUGAUCUGCUGAAAUGUAUCCUACAGGAGGAACACCCUGUAGCCUAUCCUACUGUGGUGUACCAUGGGUGCCUUUUAUGUCGUAGCAAAAAAUCGAAUGUCACAUGACUCUCAUGUGAUCACCGUAAUGUGCUUUAUAAGUAUAUGUGCUCACAGACAAAUUAUCGAAUGUACAGACUUGAAAGAAUUGUAUACUUUGUUGAGUUUUAUAUUGUUUUGUUGUCUAUGUUUUUGGAAAAUUAUUUAAUUGUUAACUGUAGUCAUAAAAUAGGAAUUUGUAUGUCAUUAUUGGGAUGUGAAUAUAGACUAAAUGACAUGUGUCUUAUACAUGAAAUCCUCUUCAGGUGACAAAAUAUCGGCCCAAUAAAUUAUAAUUAUGCAGGUUCGAUUCGCCUGCGUAGUUCACGAUGAUUUAUAACUAUUGAAACAUUCUUGCAUAGAAAUAUCAAGGUUUAAAUCUUUCAACAGAUAAACUAAAACCAUUUCCUCUUAUUUGAAGGAUAUCUCAUCAACUAUAUCAGAAAUACAAGCAAGUCUUUGGGAAAAUGUAAAUUAGUCUGAUCGUUUGACCUUUGUUUAUAUGGAUCUAGGUCACAAUCUGGUUUUAUUAAAUGUUAAAGAUUUGUGGAAUUUGUUGAGGAUUUUGUUUUAAGUUUAUAUUGUUACGGAGUUUUAAUGAUAACAUUGUUAUGAUAUGUUGGUUAAAAACAAAACAAAACAAAAUAAAAAAUAGACCCUUUUAUCAUAAAAACCAAACCCUAAAUGACAGAAGAUUUUGUAUUGAUAAUACAAUUGUAUGUUUUAAUGCAAGUGUAUAGGUUUUGGUGAAGUCAGGUUUUACUGUGUUUGCUAAUGUACCAACAUAUUGAUUCCUUCUGUUUGUUUUUUUAACUUGUUUAUGAAGUUUGAUCCAUUCCAUUUAAUUCAGUGCUGUUAAAAUUCAGAUACAGAGUUUAAAUGACAAUACUUGUGAGGAAAAUCAAAAUGAUUAAUUAAAAUUUAAUUCUGUAUUGAAUUCUGUUUUUGAAUAACCAUACAGUUUCAAAGUAUUGAAAUAUGUAUGCCCUUUAGUGCUGUUCAAUUUAUGUGGACGUUGGAGGGUUGAUGAAGAUUUAAUUGAGUAAUUAACUUGCAUUAAAUCGACCUAACUGUAAAUAACACAAAACCCAUGUCCAAGCAUCAAAUUCGACAUCCAUUCCACCCUCAGUUAUUUUAAUGGAACAGCCAUAAGUUAACCUUUGACCUUUUUUGUUAAAGAAUUUUUUUUAAACUUCAUAUUUUAAAAUUGACCAAUGUCUUUUGAAGCAAAUAGUUAAGUUUUAAAGACAAAUGUUUUAUUUUCAACUAAAAUAAUGAGAAAGUGAUUCUUAAAAACUUGUUUGUCAGCCAUGGAUGCAGUAGGCGCAUCCUCCCCUUUUUAUCAGGAGAUUAUCAAUAUAAACACAAGUAUUGUCAUGUUUACUCUUAUAUGCAUGGUUUGACCAAUCCUAAACAUUCCUCUAACCCGGACAUUUCCUACGGUUUUAAACAUGUUAUUUGUUAUUUUAUAAUUUCUUUUUAUGUGUGUGAAGUGUUAAAUUGACUAAUAGUAUAAUAUAUUUUGAAAUAUGUGUACGUGUGGUUAAGUUGGAAGUGAAGAAUGAAUCAGUAAAAAUAUCCUCGAGGGAAAAUUGUUUAUUUUUUAUUCAUGUGAGUUCAGUACAUUUGUCCUUAUUUUUUGUAAUUAUCAUUUUUUUUUAAAAGCAUAAUAUAAAAGCAGGUACUUGCAUCACAAGAUUUAAAUGCCAAAGAUAGGGAUUCCCAAAGCUAUAUAGAUAUGUACCUGUUGACUUCUUUACAGUAUUGCAGAUUCCAUUAAUAUUUAAACAUUUUUAAUCCCAAGGAGGCUUUUUAUCAUUUUUAAGUAUUUAAAAACAUGAUGAUAAGUUUUUUAAAUAAUAUUCUGUUACUUGACAUUAAUUUUACACACCUAUGCUUUGACUGAUAUUUCUGAUCUGUGCUAUUAGUUUUUGAAAUGAAUAGAACUUCUAGUUUGAUUUUUAGGAAAGACAGAGUUGUCUUUUCUUGCAUUUAAGAUUUUAGUGACAUCACUUACAGCAUAACACAUAUAUUAAAUUAGUCAGAAUUAAGAACUAUGUUAUUUAAUAUGUAUUAUAAAUAUAGAAAAAAGAGAGAAUAAGGAUUAUAGAAAAGAAAGAUUUAUAGAUUGAAUUACAUUUACUAAUCUGUUUUUAUUGAGGCGUAGGAAGAAACUUUAACAAGAUUAAAAACACAAUAUUUCAAUUUUGUGAGGUAUUAUAGAUUAUUCUUCAUUGUAAGAAAGAUAAUGGUAUUGAUUUUUGUAUAUUCUUAACAAUUGAUUUUAUAUAGAGUUUCUGCCUUUAAAAGCCAGGUUGUUAAAAGACUAUGAUUUAUUAUUCAUUACGAUCCUUGUUUUUAUCUGCGAAAAUAUUCUGAUAUUUUCCUGGUUACAAGAAGGUUUAUAUUUAUGAAAAUAAAGGCUACUUGUGGAUUUUCAUUUGAAUAAAUCUUUUGCUUAAAGGCAAUAAUAAGCUGUACUAGGGAAAUCUACAUAUAACAGUGUUAACCUGUUUUCAAAAUAAUUGGUUCUAUUGGGAAUGGAAACAAUAGCAAUCACUUUUUAAUACCUGUUAAAAUUCUAAAAGAUUUUAAUUUUUUUUUUUUUUGGUUUAUCCUGUUUCAAGCAAUUAAUUUUUCAUGCUGUUAUUAGGUAUAUAUUACAGAUAUUUCACAAGGUCAAUUAACAAGUCGUAAAUUAUAACUCUGGCAUAAGAGACAAACAUUUAAUAUCCUUGAGAGAAAGAACUCAUGACACAGGUAUAAAUAUUUACAUACUACCAUUUAUUCCAUGACGAAGAUCUGAAUUCCUAUGGCAGCUAUUAAAAUUCAUAACACUAAGAAUUAUUUGUAAAAGUAACAGAUUAAUUGAAGCAUCGAUUUAAAUGAUUUCAUGUAUAAAUAAACCAUACUAUAGGUUUUAGAAAAAAAAACAUUAUAUUUUUGCUGUUCAUUGUUUAAUAUAUAUUUAGACCCAAGUUUUUUAUGUAAUCUGGUUUCCUUAUAUUCAGAAAUCUGUAUAAAUAGGAUUGCCAUUUAACCUCAGCACACUUUUAUAUUUGAGAAGAUUUUACUAAAACUUGUUUUAACGAUUAUUCAACGAAUUUGAGAUUUAAUAGUUGAGAAUUAAUUUCAAUGCAUGUAGUUUUGAUAUGUAUUUGUAAAAUUUUAAGCAUUGAUUUCAGAGAAAUUUUAUAAGACAAAACUAUAAUUUUAUUUCUAAGAUUAUAAUCAUAUUACACCAUUUUAACUGUUUACUUUUAACCCUCACAUGAAGAUAUUUUAUUACAUUUUUCGACCUAAUUAUUUUACUUUUUGUCUUUACCUGUCAUUUUAAUCAGGUGAAUUGAUAUAUGGGCAUUAUUUAUGUUAUAUGUAAAAGUCUGUCUUUCUCUGAAAUUUCUAAUAUGCUACUUAUAAUAUAUGUCUACUGAUCAUGGACCGAUUAGGGAGGCCAUUGUCAUUGGUUUCAUUAUGUCCACAUUAUGCUGAUUGCCAUUUUCAGGUUUUUUUUCUAAAUUUACAGAGAAUGAAAAAUUAAGGUUGCAAAUUAUUGUGUAUAUUUCGAUGAAUGAAAGAAUGUUUAAGGAUAAAAAAUAAUCUGACGUUUUUCCAAGUUUUAUGGCAGGGAGUAGAUUCAAAUAUAAAAGGGAUUGUGCAAUCUUUUAACGAUUAACUGGAAAUGGCGAACAUUUGAUUUGGAUAAUUCUUUUU